AUGACCGUCAACACAACUGUACUUGACGCACUUAUUGUUGGCGGCGGCUUCGGUGGCGUCUACCAACUCAAGCGCCUUCGUGAAGAGGGCUACAAUGUCAAGCUCGUCGACAUGGCCUCUGACUACGCAGGCGUAUGGUUCUGGAACCGCUACCCAGGUGCUCGGGUGGACAGUGCCAUACCGCACUACGAAUUCUCUGACCCCGAGCUAUGGCGUGACUGGAACUGGACACAGCGCUUCCCCGGCAGCGCUGAGUUGAGAGAGUACUUCUCAUACGUCGCUGAGAAGUGGGAUCUUCGCAAGGACACAUUCUUCAACACGUAUAUCUCCAAGGCCGUCUGGAACGAAGAAGCAAACAGAUGGGAGAUUGAGAGUAAGGAUGGCAAGAAAUUCGUCGCGCGAUACUUGCUCUUGAACACUGGCUUCGCAGCCAAGCGUCAUACACCUGCCUGGAAGGGCAUCGAAAAGUUCGGCGGUCUCUGGAUCCAUCCUUCAUACUGGCCUGAAAAGGAACCUGAUCUGAAGGGCAAGAAGAUCGCUGUCGUCGGAACCGGCUCCACGGGUGUUCAGCUUGCACAGGAGCUUAGCCAGGUCGCAAGCGAGUUCGUGCUCUUUCAACGAACACCCAACAUGGCACUCCCCAUGAAGCAGAUCGAAUACUCCCGCGACGAUAAGUCAGUUUCCGAAGAGCGUUAUAAUGAGGUCUUCAAAGGUCGACAUGCUAGCUUCGGUGGAUUCGACUUUAACUCUCUCCCCCGCGACACUUUCAGCGAUGAUCCCGAGACGCGUCGGGCAGUAUACGAAGAACUAUGGAGUCAUGGCGAUUUCAAGUUCUGGCUUGCGAACUAUCAGGAUAUGAUCUUCCGAGAGGACGCUAAUGCCGAGGCCUACAAAUUCUGGAAAUCCAAGGUCCGAUCUCGCGUCAAGGAUCCCCGUUGCCAGGAGAUCUUAGCGCCAGAGAAACAGCCAUACAGUUUUGGUUGUAAGCGAAUUUCUCUCGAGAACGGUUUCUACGAGAUCUUCAACCAGUCCAACGUCUCCUUGGUAGACGUAAACGCCACGCCAGUUGUUGAAGUCACAGAACGUGGUCUCAAGACAACUGACAAGGAGUGGGAGUUUGACGUAGUAGUUUGCGCAACGGGUUUCGAUGCCAUCACUGGCGGUCUAAAGGAUAUCAACAUCCAGGGAGUUUCGGGCGUGAAACUCGCUGAUAAGUGGGAAUAUGGCGCGAAAACGUAUCUUGGUAUGGCUGUUGCUGGAUUUCCGAAUAUGUUCUUCACAUAUGGACCUCAAGCACCGACGGCGUUGUGCAAUGGUCCAACAUGCGCUGAGUCUCAAGGAGAGUUCAUCGUCAAGGUUAUGAAGUACAUGUCAACCCAUGGCCGUCACAAGAUUGAUGCAUGUGAAGACGCUGAGGCUGAGUGGGCAGCCAACGUCCAGAACAUUGCAAAUGCUUCUCUUUUACCCAACACCAAGUCGUGGUAUAUGGGAGACAACAUCCCAGGCAAGCCUCGUGAGUGCUUGAUCUAUCUUGGUGGUGUUCCGACUUACACCAAGACGCUGAAAGACUGUACCGAGAAUGGCUUCCAAGGGUUUCAACUGAAAUAA